CCAUAUGGGACAAAACGUAGUGUGAACCCAGCCUAAGUGUUACUGCUGUGGAAAAUGUGCAGGACCUCCAUUCCCAUGUGUUCCUUCCUGACUUGAGCCCUGGGGGCACCCUUACCAAUGAUUGGCACUUGGGAAUUGGCACUAGGGAAGGAGGGGGUUAUUAACUCUAUAUAAGUGUGUAUGGUUCAUGGAGGAAAGUUAUCAAAUCUUGUUUAUGCAAAGAAUCAGUGGAGUCAUUGCCCGAAGCAACCAAUGACAGGGCUUCUUUAAUUAUAAUUUAAAUAAAAUAAAUGUAAUUGUUUGCUAUGUGCAACUCCCGCACUUCUCCUUUGCAUAUAUGAAGGUGACUUGUCACAUGUAACCACAUGACUGCACAGGCCGCACCAUGCUCUCCCUGCUCCGCAGACCUCUGCUCUUUGUCCCCCGCUCCGGUCGCACCAUGUCCGGGGUGUCUCUGCGGGUGUCCCCGGGCCGCUGUCUCUAUGACGAGCCUCUGCAGCUCCAGGUCCGCGGUCUGAGCCCCGGGCAGGACGUCAGUCUCCGCACCGCUCUGACCGAUGAGGCCGGGGAACUGUUCACCUCCGUGGCUCUGUACCGGGCGGACAGCGGCGGGGAGCUGGAGCUGAGCCGGAGCCCGGCCCUGGAAGGCGGCAGCUACACCGGAGUGGAGCCGGAGGGGCCCCUGUGGUCCCUGGAGCCCCAGACUCCCCUCAGGCGGCUGCUGAAGAAGGACGUGCGGAGCCCCUUCCAGCUGCGCUUCUCCCUGCACCAGGCCCACUGCCCGCCCGGGGCUCUGCUGGCUGCUGCCGCCCAGGACAGGAGCUUCAUGGGGGAAGGAGUGACCCGGGAGCCGGUGCGGGAGGGACGGGUGCGGGGGAGCCUCUUCCUGCCGCCCGGUCCCGGUCCAUUUCCAGGAAUUAUUGAGGUUUCAGGUACAGGCGGAGGCCUCCUCGAAUACAAGGCAAGCCUGUUGGCCAGUAGAGGCUUUGCCACGCUGGCAUUAGCUUACUAUAACUAUGAAGAUCUACCUAAAAAAAUGAAGGAGUUUCGUCUGGAAUACUUUGAAGAAGCAGUGAACUAUAUGCUGCAGCAUCCUCAGGUGAAGGGUCCAGGAAUAGGUCUGUUUGGCCAUUCUAAAGGGGGAGACUUAGUCCUGUCUAUGGCCUCUUUCCUUAAAGGCAUCACUGCGACGGCUGUUGUAAAUGGCUCAGUGGCUAAUUCUGUAGCUGACCUUCACUAUAAGGACAAUACUCUGCUUCCUAUUGGCUAUGAUGUUAAUAAGGUGAAAUACCCACAACCUGGAGUCUGUGAUAUCAGGGAUGUAUUUUAUAAUCCUUUAGAAGAAGCUAACCGCAAGAGCCUUAUACCUGUUGGAAAAGCCGACUGCAAGUUUCUGUUUAUUGUGGGCGAGGAUGACCGGAAUUGGAAAAGUGACUUCCAUGCCCAAACAGCAUGCCAGCUUCUGGAAGCCGAAGGGAAAGAAAAGCCAGAAGUUGUGUAUUAUCCUAAAGCUGGCCAUUACAUUGAGCCGCCAUAUUUCCCCUUGUGUCAAAUAUCUAUGCAUGUGCUUGUUGGUUUCCCUGUGGUUUGGGGAGGGGAACCGAAGGCUCAUGCACUGGCACAAGUGGACUCAUGGCAAAGAAUUCAGGCAUUCUUCCACAAACAUCUUAACCAAAAACAUGUCCUGGAGAGUAAACUGUGAGCAUAUUUUGCUACGAAAGACUAAAAGAGGUACUCCAAUGGAAAAGAAUUGAUAUAAAAAAAAAUUUGUGUUUUCCACUGCAGUACCCCUCUAAGGGUGACUAAAAACGUGACAACUGUGUUGCACAAUUUUCUGCAACUGAAAACUAAGGUGGAUAGACUUCGCAGUGGGAGAAUCGUCUCUUACUUUCCAAGACCUUGUGGUCUUUUUGACCACUCCCCUCUUAUGGUGGUCCUUACCUUGGCCAAUAGUUUUGGUAUGUUCAGUUCACUAUAGAAAUGACAUCCUAUUUGGCUUUAGGUGAUCCAUACUGCCAGAACCGUGCCUACUGACCUUUCUUCUUUUUAUGAGAUUAAUUGUAUUACAGAAUCUGCAGGGAUUGUAUGGGAUGUCAAGAAUCUGCUCAUCUGGGAGAUUUCUACUCAUAAGGCAAAAAAUAAAGCGAUCCGGCUGGCUAUACACGGGAGGUUGGUGCAAACCAAGAGGGAGUUUAUACAUAACCUAUCUGAAGUCACAAAUAGGAAAUGGGUUGAGGCACAAUCUCUCUAUAUAAAAACAUUUGGAGCUUCAGGUGGACAAUAAAAGGUCCUGUGAAACAGCAAAAGUACUUUGAGAGUUGGGAGAGGACAGGUCGUCUCUUAGCUCAGGUUGCUAGGAUACAGCAGGGCUCCUUGUUUAUAACUACCUUACGUACUGAUGGAGGUAGGUAAAAUCAGACUAUACUGCCCUUUUGGAGUUCCUUGUAUCUUAUUAGGGAAAGAGGUACUGCCAUUCGAGUUGCUAUCUUUCCUCUGUUGCUGUUCCUCAACUAUUCCCUAAACCUCACGACUUAUUAGGACAUUCCCUGUCGGUGAAAAGAUUUAAAAAGCAGCUCUUAAUGCUUUCCCUAAAAAAUAAUCCCUUGGAGUGGAUGGGCUCCCCUAUGAGUUCUUUUUUCAGGCAUACGAGGAGUUUUUAUGGGCUCCUUUACAUGAGGUCUGUAAUGCAGCACAGGAGGGGGGUAGACUUUCGCGCUCUAUGUCGGAGGUGAUUAUAGUCUUCAUACCUAAACCUGAUAAAGAUUUGUAGUCGGCACGGUCAAGGCCAAUUGCAGAAAUUAAACUCCUUGCUAAGGUCCAAGCCAUUUGUUUACUUCAGGUUAUACUGUCCAUGAUGCACAGCAACUAAACUAGCUUUAUUCCAGGAAACGCCCACUACCUAUGGUGUGUCCUAAGGCGGGUGAGUUUUGGUCAAAUUUAAAUUUCUUGGGAUGCAACUUUAUGCUAAUUCCAGGGCAAAAAUCCCUCUAAAUGGACUGCUUUCUGACUGUUGUCCACUAGAAAAGGCAACCCGGUAAGGCUGCCCCUUUUCCUUUUUGUCCCUGAGCUGUUCCUUCUGACUAUCAGUUUAGUUAUAGUCAGGUAGAGGAGCAUAUUGCUCUUUAUGCUGAGGACAUCCUCCUGUUUAUGGGUGAUGUUGCUGCCUUCUUUUUAUGCAGCUCAUGGAGGACUUCGGUAGGUACUCAGGCCUACUUAUUAUUUGGCAUAAAUCUGUCCUCUUUCUUAGACCCUGCUGCCUUUUCUGCUGGGAAUCUCCACAUUGGGUCUCCCGGUUUUCUCCUAGUUUCAAUAUUUUGAGGUAGAGAUGACUGAAGGGGCGCAUAGAUAUUUAGAUUAAAUAAGGUCCCAUUAUUAAACAGUUUCUAAGAAAGUUAGGACUUGGAGAAAACUCCCGCUGUCCCUGAUAGGCUGGUCCAAUCUUAUUAAAAUUAUUUUGAUGCCUUACAUUUUUUGUAUUUUCUUCAUACCUG